CUCGCAAAAAUGUAUAAUGAUCUAAUUACACCGGCACCACUCGAAUGGAACGUGAACAAUAUCGCCGUCUGCACAGCAAUCAUUCUCGUCAUGAUUAUCAAUGUCGUUGCUCUCAUCUUCACAAUUUUCUGGUGCUUGAGGAGCAAAGAUGAGGGAGGAGAAAUAGACAGUAAUGGAGUGGUCAUCAAUCAAUUCGUUGAGCCGAAUAUUCGAAUGAAGUUCAAAAUGCCGAAAAUCAGAGGUGAUGCGAUUCAUGAUAGUUCACAGGAUGUCUUCGAAUUGCGAGUUCCAAGGAAUGGAAAUCAAUUUGAUGCUUGUCAUGAACAGACGGUUAUCGUGGCUCGGAACAAGCGAAGCCGUACGUAUUCAGUCCCACUAGAAUCUCGGCCACGUACUCAAUCAACCGGCUCUGAACAGAUCCCAUAGAGCGAAUUUCAACUGCAAUAUACAAUCAAAUUGUCAAAUUUCAAACUGUAUAUAUCAGAUCUCCCCGUAUUUUAUAGUUUCCUACUGUUCACACCAACGUCAUGUUUUUAUCGAUUCUAAUUUUUCUAUGGCCAAUUGAGAACCCACUUUCUCAUCACCGAAAUGUUUUUUUGUAGAACUAAAACUUAUCAAUUACCAGAAAAUUUUAAAACCUUGUUAAAUAAAAUGUUGUCUUUUGAA